GUCAGUGUAGUAGCAGCAGAGUAGCAGCAGCUUCUCUCGCGCACAUAGUCAGUGCCGCGAAAUUCUUGCACGGAGGCUAUAACGAUCAAUAAUUUAUCUUUCAAAAAGCAAUACAACUUUGUAAUAUAGGCAGUAGCCGCAAAGUUGAUAGAGUAGUCUUAUCGAAUGUGGGCAAGUGCACUUGUGUCUUGAGAACGAGUAUUGACACCAUAUGAUUGCUAAUUUAACCAAUAUUCACACAACUGACAGCGUAAUAAAGAGGCUGCUCUACAACUUGAAACUCUAUGCAACAAAGAUUUGAAUUGAUUUUAAAUGAUUUUUACUAUUUUUCCUGGACUAUUGGUACGACAUUGCAAAGAAAUCGUCAUCAUGAGGAAUCUGCUACUAACAAGCGAUCAUGUAACCAUUGCUCGAGAAAUGCGGCAGUGUGAGUAGUUAAGAAAAACUUACCAGAAGCAUUAUGGCUGAUUCAGGAUUAGAAACAGGUUCUGUGACUAGUCCGCAAGGGACGAUUUCCGAGAAUUCGAGCACAGACCUUGACGAGCCAAACGAAUCGGAAAUAACAAUAAAGACUGAGCAAGUUCCAAAAAUUGGUAAUUUUUGCAUGACAGCAUACGAUUACAGAGAUUCAACGAGAGAAAAUACAGCAGUUAGGGAUGAAAUUGCGGAAUACGAGAAUCGCGUAUUGAGCGAUCCUUUUUACGAGUUGAACGGUGAAAGCGACAACGACGACGAUCAAGCAAGCGUUCACGGGCCUGCUUCAUCGUUGCAAUUCUCUUCUCAGCCCAACUCGUUUUAUUUGGAUAAUCGUAAUAAUGGGCCAACGAAAGAGGGCCCAUUGAAGAGAGACAUCAUUCAAAACGGAAAAGAGGACGACAUUCGCGUUGGGCAGUCGCAGUCGCCGCCACCACCAAAACGCCAGGCGAGCAACUCGUCGGUGAACAAUUACUACUUUAUAGACGCGUCGAGUCUGAACGACGAUAUAGACGUGAACACGAGCAACAUCGUCGGCUACCCAAACGAAGAUAAUACGAGACUCAAUUGGUCGAAUCCUCAAAUGCCGACGAAUUGCUACUCUUCGUCGCCGAAAUUCAGCUGCAUCUACUUGAACGACGACCCGGUGAAACUACCCAGUCGAAUGAGCAUGAGCGCGCAGAGCCGUUACGACGUGGGUUACGGCUACAAACCCAGCGCUGGCGCGGACUCAAAGAAGGAGGCGGAGGAGUCGGUGAGCAACGACAAGGAGUCACUGGCGGUAGAGAUCAAAGAGGCCGACAGCGGGGAGAGCGCCCAGCACUCGCCUUGCCCCGACAACACCAAAAUCAACGCCGCCAAGGAUGAGGAGACGAUGGCAGCGCGCCGGGCAUCGCUUAUCCGGCGCAACACUUUUGAACUGGAGGCCACCGACGAGAAGCUGUCAAGCUUGCGCCAAGAGUACGAGCGCCGCCAGGGCAGCUUGGUCUUCCAGAACUCCAUUACCCAAUACUCGCAGCAUCGCAUCGACGACGACGCCGUCCCGCCUUACUAUGAGGUUAGCGGCUUCGACGGCGGUGACGGCUUGGCACCCGACAAGUACAGGCUCGACACCAGCCGGAAGGAUGCCAGUGCUGUGCUACCGGGGACCUGCGGUGGCCUGGCUAGGAGUGCCAGUGAUAAGUUGCUAAAGCGUCUGGUAACCGGUGACGCCGAUGCAGCUUUCAGCAGCCUGCCUCUUAGCAUCAAUGAUGAGCUCGGGCCCACCGCCGCUGCCGUCAAGUCACGGAUCCGCCGUAACGACGCGGCGCCCAUCAUCUCCGGCGGCUCCAGUAGCUCGGACUUUCGUAAACCGACCGACAGCCCAACUGUAAAGCGCAAGACCGAGUCCACACCUAUACUGUCAGGCGGCUCGGUGCUGAUGGCACUCGCCGAAACUGCGCAGCCCAAGUCCAAGCCCAAGUCACAGCUGCCGUCGUCAACAGCCGCUUGGGUUGUCGACAUGAGCGACUGCCGAGGCAGCGGCACCGAUGGCCCCACGGCUGCUGCGCAGAGAUCUGUCAUGUCAGCGAGCUUCGGUUCCUCGACGACCUCGGCGUCCUCGAGGGAGCGAGAGCGCGAAAGGCAGCCCUCAAGCCUCGGCUACUUCGUUAACCUAGAUGAGGUGCAGAGCGGCGAUGACAAGCGAGAGCGGGUCAAGCCCGCGCUAGAGGCCAAGCACAGGCGCAGGCCAAGUGACAGUUCCAGGAGUUACUGCGAGUUUUUCGUCGACCUAUCGGAGAGGCCGAGUGGCGAUAAGGAGCGGACCAGCGAGGGACCCGAGUUGCAAGCCGCGACUGCUCUUUGCGAUUCCAACGACGCCACUGGUAAAAAGAACAUGUUCUCUAUGUUCAUCAACUUGAACGACGUCGCAGCGGGCAAGCCCUCGCAGAAGCCCAAUCAGAUCGCUAAAUCAAGCUCGUUCUCCAAGCUGGCUGAGAAGCGCCAAGAGCUUGCGCAAAAGCUUGACUCCGGGAUGGAGGCACCCGCCGAGCAGAAGAAACCUAAAUCAGGCGUGUUCAUGUUCAUCGAGUCCGACUCACCGAUUGUUAGGCGGCGCACGAUGUCGAGCUCGCGGCCGGCAUUCAAGCGCCACUCCUGGAACAUGGACAAGAGCCAGGAGCAGUUGUUACCGAGCGGCAACGAGCAGCAACAGCAACAGCAGCCGCCACCGCCGCCGCCACCACAGCCGCCGUCGUCGUCGUCGGAUCUCGUUGCUAAGCGCUUACACAAGCGCGCUCACAGUUUGUCGGUCGAUCGCAACACUACGCAGGAUUUGCGCAAGAUGCUCGCACAUAAGUCCAGCACCUCUAGUCACUUGCUCAACGAAGAGCUCAACAUGGUUGAGUCGCUGCAGACGGAGCAGCAAAAGCAGCACCAGCAGCAGCAAGGUGACGAACGCAAAGACGAUGCCUUCGACUACGACAUUAGAGAUACGCCCCCAAAUUCACACGUCGAGAUUAUCGACGAAGAACUGCUCGUCAGCCUGAAGAACAGGAACUACCAGGAGCUCGACGCCAUUAAUGAUCAGACAGCCACUGGCGAUAAGAGCCGCAAGCCAGAUGAUUGUGCUUCCGAGAACUCCCUGUGGGAUAAAACACCGACUGACAACACCGAAACUCAACAAACGCAUAAAAGCGAGACUUUUGACAUUAGCAGCAGCACUACUGGUCCAUCUUCUUCCAGCGACAAUGUCGAGUUUAAACUACCCGAUCUUCUCGACGUCACGCAAAAUAAGUUAACGAAUAAUACGCUGAAACAUAUCAGUCUGGAAAAUUCGCGAAACGAGAAUAACCACGAAAAAAUUACCAAUUCCAAUGGCGUCAAUGCUGCUGCUACCAACACCUCAAGCUUCGUGAAGCUUUCCGAUUUGGAUAAAAAGCCUCCUUCAACCAGUACAAACUCAGGCACGCCGGCUUCGACGAGCCGUGAAACACCUUACAGAAUGAGUAUAAGCGUUACGGAAACCUCGUGGAUCGAGAACAGAUUGAUUAUGGCAAACAGAUCCGCCGCCGAUUUUCACAGGCCAUACAUAAAGAAGCUUCCAUUGAGUAUUCCAAAGUGUUCCAAAUUGGAUAUUUUCGAUGACUUUGGUGGCGAGGGAGACGUCGAAGCUGUGAUUUCUGAAUCAGAUAUAUCUAGUUUGCAGAGUAGUAUGGGUCGGUCCGGUCAAGGAAGUACCGAGGAAACGGAAACAUCGACAAGUUUCGCGCUAGGGAAACCGUAUAAUAGAUUAGGAGAAGAUCUACUUCGAAUGUUUUUAGACGAGAUCAAUCCCGAUGUGACUAUCGACGUGAGUGGUCGACGGAUAAGAGCCCACAAGUGUAUAUUGAGCUCUCGGUGUCAGUAUUUCGCAGCUAUCCUGAGUGGGGGUUGGAUCGAGUCUGCCGGCAAUGUCAUUUCCUUACAAGGGUACUCUUACAAUGCAGUUCACUUUGCACUUUGCCACAUAUACAGCGGUGAAAGCUGUAUACCAGACUCUAUAAGUAUCGUGGAAUUGGCGACGCUAGCAGAUAUGCUGUGUUUAGAGGGUCUGAAAGAAGUUAUAGGUUUCACUUUAAAGGUCAAAUACUGUCAUUUAUUCCAUAAACCUUGUAAAGGUUGCUCCGUUGGUGUCUUGGAGUGUAUGCCCCUAGCUGCUGCUUACGGUUUAGACGAAGUCUACCGAAAGUCCCUUAGGUGGGUAACACGACAUUUUGUCAGAAUAUGGCCAACUAAGGAAUUUGCAACUCUACCUCGAGAGUUAAUGGACAAGUGCUAUCAUCAGCAUAUUGUUCACAUGUCUACCGACAACGUACUGCAAACCAUUAUGGACUGCGACAAGCUUUUAACUACGUUACCAAAUGUUCGGUGGGCUGAGCCAGUUUUCCGUCUAGUUUCCAAUUUACUUGACGCCUCGAUGAAAUAUCUUACCGACAAUUUCGCCAGUGUGCUCGGCAACGACGGCUUCCAAGUGCUGGAUCGCGAAUUGACGUGGAACAUGAGUCGCUUGGAGGAUCAUUUACUGGCAGCCGCUGAAAGGCUACCGCCAGAGCAAGCUUGCAAAUCAUAUUCAAAGCUCGAUAAAAUUUUUACAGUGGCGCAAUUUGACAAUUCUCAGCGCGCUAAAUUCAAGUCGACUCCCUUGUUCAUGGAUUUAAUGGAGAAAAUCCGUACACAAGUGGAGAAAUGCCUGGUGCGUGACGCUGCAAGAGCUGCUAGAACCAACGCCUGGCUGAAAAUGGACUUGGAACUUCGUCGUCGCAUACAGGAGAUGGCCUGUCUGGUCAUACUGCCGAACGAGUCGACGAAGAGGCCCUCUAGACAUUCCAAUUUCAUGAAGGAGCCGAAAGAUCGCCAAGACAAUAAAACCACGGCAAGUCGUGUCACGACGACUACACGUAAUUUGGAUUUACGCCGAGUGAAGAUGGCGAUUUCCGAGCAUAACGACAGAACGCUUAAGCAGACGCCCUUGCUGCAGACUAGGAAGCUCAUGAAUAAACCGAAAACAGAUCCGCUCGAGAGGAAGUUACAAAAUGAUAAAUCAACGAACGACGUGAAUAGUGUAUCGAGGCCAAAGUCGUGGCCCAAUAAAAUUGAGGUAAAAUCACGAUACUUGGAACCAAGGAACAGGCCAAGCAUCAAAGAUUCGACGUUACAAUCGAAUCACGAAAAGGCGGUAGCUACGACAGGAACAGUUAAUCAGCAAAGGAAGAAGAUAUUGAUUUCGUCAUCGGAUUCGUCGCGAACGUCUAGUCCCGCCAUGAAACGUGCCGCAGAGAAAAAAGCCCUCGCAAAAGUCCCAAUGAAGAAAGACGGUAAAACUUUAUCCUCGGACAGCAUCAAUAGCAAUUCGGAGUCGAUGUCGCGCUUGGGUGCUCGAAAACAAGCCACUAGCAAAAGUUGCGGAAUAACGAGGGCUGAGUCGCCGUCACUGAAAGCAAAACACGCUGACACUGGUCUAUCGGUAGACUCGCUGUCCGAUUCCCAGAAGAAGGCGUUGAUCAAAGCGACCAAGUUGGACACAUCUACGGACAGCUUGGCAACUGAAACCACUUCGAUGGCCACUCCAAAAUCUACGAUCACCAAUAAAUCGUCUCCCAUUUUUGAUAAAGCAAUAACCAAUGUGAGCUUGAGUCAGAGACAAAGUUACGACAAAACGAAGAAAUCGUCGCCGCUAGCUCAGCAGCGUAGUAAUUCGUCGAACGCGACGCGUAGACCGGCUCGCUCGGUGGAGAGUUCGACUGCGGCUAGUCGGAGUAGGGCGGCCGCGACAGUUAGCAGCUACAGCGGCUCGUUAAAUUUAAGGAAGAGCCUCUUGGACGCGGCCAAAGCACCAGACAUUCCAAGUAAACCGGCAACGAAUCCUCUGGCGAUGACCAGGUCGACUUUUCGACAGUCGACCCUCUCGAUGAGAUCGUCAUUCACCGCGAAGGACAAGGUGCAGGAGAAAAAGUCGGAGGAUUUCAAUCAGAAAUCAAAUCUGAGUCCAGCCAGCAAGAGAUCCCCCCGAACCACUGUCAACUCUAGGCUAAGCAAAUCCAAUAUCGUUACAACUGGUAAGCAGAAAUUGACAAGUAAAAUCGAAGACAAGUCGUCCAACAAAAACAAGUCGCAAACUACAGCUAGCGUUAAUCGAGAUGGUCCCAAGUUCCUUAAUCAAAGUUCGAGGUCAGGUACUUUCUUGAAGGACGAGCCAACGAUUCUGAACAAGUCAGACAUUGAGACGGCUGCCAUUGAUGUUUAG